UGCAGACUGACGUGUUAGAUGGUCUUUAGUCUCAAAAUAGCACAGGAAGACAACGACUGACUACAAAGGCGCAAGGAAUGCCUCAGUCUGAGAGAGAGAGUGACAAAAGAGUGAAUGGGAGAGAAAAUGAACGACAGCCAGCACUAAAAGAAGAGCGUGACGCAUCUACCCAUCUGUUAAACGAAUCCUUUUCACCCCAGCACGUGGAACAUCUUUCUUCUGGAGUACGUUCUAGAGCUGCUGAUGAGGAACGGAUGCAGUUUCUUCAGCUGGUGUUUCAGAAUUCUCCGGCUGGCCCGAUCAGGCCGUCUGUACUUCGCUCUACAGCUCUCCUGCUUCAGGCAAAUGAGAGCCACCAAACAACCAUGAACAGAAGAAAAGACACAGGUCACAGUGAAGCUGUUGCUGGAUCAAGCCAGCACAGGAAACAAUCUCCCAGCUUUCAUUCUCACAGCUCCGUCGAGUCAGAAAUCCAGAGACCCAGCUCUCUUUUUGUAAACGGACAAUGUCGCUGGCCUGGCUGUGACAGAGUCUUUGAAGGCUAUACUCAUUUUCUGAGACAUCUAAACCGAGACCACAGCACAGAUGAGAAAACGAUUGCACAGUGGCGAGUUCAGCAAGACCUGGUACGCCACAUGGAGAAUCAGCUCAUUCAGGAGAAGCAGAAACUUCACGCCAUGCAGCUUCACCUUCAGCUGUAUGAAUGCAUCUCGACACGUACCGGAGCUGCUACAGGCUGGUGGAGGCCGCUGGCACUAAAGUUUCCCACGUUGGGGGAGUCAGAUGGCAGGACAGAGAAAGCUAGUGUAGCGCCGGUACGACAGGAACCCUGGCACAUACCCCCACCACACCUGCUGCCUGAUUUUGUUAGCAGUGUUGAGUACUACAAAUAUGCUAACUUGCGACCUCCAUAUACAUAUGCUUUCUUAAUCAGAUGGUCAAUCCUGGAAGCUCCAGACAAACAGCGGACGCUAAACGAAAUUUACAACUGGUUCACAAGAAUGUUCUUCUAUUUCCGUCAUAAUUCUCCUACAUGGAAGAAUGCUGUGCGACACAAUCUUAGUCUCCACAAAUGCUUUGUGCGGGUGGACGGGAGGACAGGGGCGGUGUGGACAGUGGACGAGGAAGAGUUUCAGAAGAGAAAAGGGCAGAAAAUCCACAGGGACUACACUUUCAAAUGGCUGACACCCUUCUCCCAUUGCCCAUCCCAUGGAGCCUCAGAUGUAUCAAUAAAAGUCACAAAUUCUCAGUAAAACAUUUACCAAAUGUUUAGUGUAGUAUGCAGAAAAAUUAGGUUCAACUAUAGAUUGUAGAGUUUUAGGUAUGAUCCUUUAGGAUUGGAUAGUAGUUAAUAUAAAUUUUUGCAUCUCUGUCCAGUAGCCCCUCACUGCAGAACAC